AUGUACAUGCCAAAUUCGCUCUGGACGUGGUCCUUCGUCAUCGUCACCCUCAUCCAAACCAUCGUCACUCUGGCCUUAGAAUGCUACGUCUUCGCAAAUUUCCAGCUUCAACUCCGUCCGAAAGCCGACCAGGUGACCGCGUCCAAAACCAUUCCAUGUUUCCUCGCCCUGUACAGUUUUGGUUUCAUUUACGAGCUGGUGUUGGUGUAUGAUGCCCUGCGGAUGAAAAACACCAUUCAGGUCAUCGGCCUGUGUAUGUGCAAUGUUGGACUGUUGAUCUAUGGAGCUGUGCAAGUGCAGCAGAUCAAAGAAGCCGUGGGAGUCUUGACCGACAACAACGCCAUCAACGAAGAUAUUUGGGGGGAAUCGGAACCGUUCCUGAUCAUCAUCCCCUGCGUGGUGGCGAUGGGCACCCUCCUGAUGACGAUUAUCGCCUGGAGACUCUACGAUGAAUUCGCGUGGUCCAUCUACAAGCACAUCAGUGCUGAUUUGCAAAUGAAGCGUCGAUAUCUCACUUAUCAGAUCUACAUCGCCCUCCUCAAAUUCGAUUUCUUCUUCUUCCUUGGAUUCACCGUGCAGUUCGUCGUGAUCGUUACCGAACGAGCGGAUAUCGAGUUUGGACUCACGCUGGCCGCUGUCCCCGUGACCAUCUUGAUCUUGGUGUGCGCUGCCGUCUUCGUGCGCCGCGAAAGCACUUUCGGCAUGAUUGUCAUCAUCCUUUUAUAUUUCGCCGCCAUGGCGUACUUCCUGUUCAAACUCGUUCGCAUGUACGCCCCGGGAACGUAUUUGAUGUAUCUGCCGGCUCGACGGUCACUCACCUUCUUCGCCGUGAUUACGCUUGUUCUGAUCGUCAUGACCAUCGUCAACGCCAGCAUGUGCAUGCACAACUUCCACAAGGGUCUCAAGCCGCAUAUCAACAAGAAGAAGGAACGCAAGGAAGCGGAGAAGUCGACGACCGAAUUGUCCUCCAACAUCACCGGCCAGGUCCCCAACCGAAUGAUGAUUGAUUGA